AUGGCAGGAGGGAGUGGUAACAAGAAUGAUGGUGGAGAGCAAAGUGAGGUUGUGAGGCAGUUGAGAGCUAUUGCCCAACAAUUGGCAAGGAACUCAACCAAUAGUGCUGAUGCUCAAGGAAAGCUAUUUAAGAAGGUGGCGCAGAGCAAGCCACCAACCUAUCAAGGAGAGCCUGAUCCAACGGUACUGGAAAACUGGUUGAGGGAGUUUGAGAAACUGUUCGAGGGGGUAGGGUGUCCAGAGAACUCAAAAGUAGGUUGUGCUACCUAUUACCUUAGGGGUGAAGCUGACCUUUGGUGGCAGCAAAAUGAGGCUACCAUUAAGGCAUUACCUGGAGUUAAUUGGACUAUGUUUCAGGAGAAGAUUAGGGACAAGUUUUACCCUAGCUUCUUACAGAAACAAAAAGCUGAGGAAUUUUCUAAUCUCGUUAUGGAAAAAUGUCAAUCACUGAAUACUACACCAAGUUUAUAG